AUGUAUGGCAGUCCGAAGGAGGUUGUUGAUGAUCCUGCCAUUUUUACAUCUGUUGCUCAUAUUCCAGAUGCGAUGCUCAAAAAGGUGGAUCCAACAAAUAACGUGUUGGUGUCAUAUCUUCAGUCAAUUGACACAACCGUUGUUAGUGGUGUUUUAUUUGACAUUGAAGCGAAGAAAUCAAAGAAGUCGAAGAAGACAGAUGUUGGAUCUUCGAAAAAGAAAGUGAAGGUUGAGAAGCAGAAGAAAUCUCCUACAGUCAAACCAGCUUCAGUCGAAGAAAGUGCUCAACAGAUUAUUUUUCCCAAUUCGACGACUGUUGCUGCCACACCAACAAUCGAAGCUUCUCAGGAGAAAGAUAUAAUUCCAUCAAAGACGGGGGUUUUUCGCCAAAUCAAAUUUAAGCGAAAAUCUUCGUCUCAGAUUGUUCAAAAAACCCAAAUCACACAUCAGGGUGUGAUGGUUCGUGAAAUUCCAGCCCCUGUUUCUCCAUCAUCGAAAAAGCGAAGGGUUGAGGAUCUUGCCAAGUUUAUCAAAAAGAACCAAAGGACUAAGGGAGAAGAGAAAAUUCCUGAAACACCUGAAGUCCAUAUUCAAGAAGCAGCAAAGAUCAGUCCACCUGUUACUAUUUCAAAGCCUGCUGAUUCGAGACCCGUUGAACAACGUCUUGUUAUCUCUUUACCCCAAGUUACAUCAACUACUGAUUCUCCAACUUUUCAAUCUAUCAUGGAUCAACCGUUCACUACAAUUUUUUCUACUCAAUCUACUGAUCCACCGAACCCAUCAUCCCCUGUUGAUGAAACCAUGGCUACUGAUGCUGGAACUGACAACGAAGGCUUUGGAGGAACGUUCGAAGCUCUUCACUUUUAUACUUCCGAAGAAGAUUUUCCAGAUCACAUGCUGAUGACGAUGAAGCAGUUCAAGAUUUUGAAUUCAAAAUUAAAUUCAAUCUUGCAAUCAGAAGCAGAUGUGGGUAGUGUUGGGGUGAUGAGUUGGAGGUUGAUUCAUUGA